AUGAAGACUAUUCAGCUUGACACGACUUUGGCGGAGUUGUAUCGCAACCAUGGAAUCAAGGGGCCCUUUAUUGUUACAAUGUACUGUGUCUUUGGACAUCUCGAUCUUCACCCAAACUUUCCAAGGGAGCUUACCUUUCCCGAAGACGAGGAGCCAGUCCCUUUCUCAGAAGACGCAAAUGAACAGGACCGCUUGAAGAGAAUUAUUCUGGGUCUCAAGCCGCUCCGUCGAGCCUUUGGAAUUGGUAACAUGGAUGUCAUCUUUUUCGGGCCAAAUGCCACUGCCGCUGGAAUGGAGCGUGCCUUGUCGCAAUUGGAGCCCAGUCAACGACACAGACCGCGCUUCUUGGAUUUGGAGAAGGGAAAUGUACCUCAGCAGUUGCUGGAUGCUUCAAAGAAUAAGAAGUUGCUCUUCUGGAGGCCACAGGGCUGGAUGAAGGACCACGACUGCCUCAUUGAUCCCCAGGAGGGAUACGACAUCAACUCGAAAAAGUUUCUGGUUACUUCUGGGAUCAAGACGCCUAGAUCGAUUGUCGUGAAUUUACAGGACAUGGAUCUGGACGAUCCGGAAAUGAUCUUGAACCAGCGACCACUACCUUUUGUGCUCAAGCUGUGUCGUGCAGGCUGUGGAUUCGGGACAUUUAUCGUGACGAACGAAACAAAUCGCGGCAACAUGAUGGAGUCCAUGAGAACUUAUAAGAAACGGGGCGUUACUGAAGUUCUUGUUUCGGAUUACAUUGAUCUGGUACAAGACCUUGCAGUCCAUUUUCUCAUUGGAGCCGCUGAUAGCGAGAGAAACCACAACGAUCCCUUGAUACUGGGCGUCACGGUGCAAAAGCUGACGGCCGACGGGAAAUGGGUGGGCGGCCACAUUGACUAUAGCGCUCAAGGUGAACUGCAUGACCUGGUACGCGAGACCGUUCGUGACACUGCACGACGCAUGCCCCGGUCAUACGUGGGCUGGGCCGGCAUCGAUAUCGUGGUCGAUAGGCAAGGACAGCAAUGGGUCGUGGACCUCAACGCCAGGUUUACUGGUUCCAUGCCCAUCUGCUUCAUGUCGGGCCACUUUUGGAAGAGACGCAGCCUCCCACUCGCGCAGUUUGGUGCUUUUGGGUACUCUGGAAAACUCGACAGCAUCUACGAGCGGCUCAGACCACUACUGGAUUUUGGUCAGGUCAUUGUCACUGCGACGGCGGAGAUUUAUGAGGGAGACAACAUGGCCGAUAUUGUCUGGGGAGGGAGAGACGCGGCGGAUCUGCAACGAGUUGAGCAGUGGAUCAAGGAGAGACUGGCCCAAGUUGAGUUGCCAACUGUAGUGUGA